UGCGCUUGCGCGCGGAGGCGGCGGAAGUAGCCUGGGCUACGCGUGCGCGGUGGUUGGAGCGCGGCUCGGACCUUCGCUGCCAGCCCAGUAUUACCCUCCUUUGCUCUCGCCUUGUGCUCCACCGCCUCACCGCAGACACUCGCUGCUGAGUGGGAGCUCGUUGUUCGGAUCGUCAUGGCUGGCUACGAAUACGUGAGCCCGGAGCAGCUGGCUGGCUUUGAUAAGUACAAGUACAGUGCUGUGGAUACCAACCCACUCUCUCUGUAUGUCAUGCAUCCAUUUUGGAACACUGUAGUGAAGGUAUUCCCUACUUGGCUGGCUCCAAAUCUGAUAACCUUUUCUGGCUUUCUGCUGGUUGUAUUCAAUUUUCUACUUAUGGCAUAUUUCGAUCCUGACUUUUAUGCUUCAGCACCAGGGCACAAGCACGUGCCUGACUGGGUGUGGAUUGUUGUGGGCAUCCUCAACUUCACAGCCUACACGCUAGAUGGUGUGGAUGGAAAGCAAGCCAGGAGGACUAAUUCCAGCACCCCGUUAGGGGAGCUUUUUGACCAUGGCCUGGAUAGUUGGUCGUGUGUUUACUUUGUUGUCACUGUAUAUUCCAUCUUUGGACGAGGAUCCACUGGUGUCAGUGUUUUUGUUCUUUAUCUCCUGCUCUGGGUAGUUUUGUUUUCUUUCAUCCUGUCCCACUGGGAAAAGUAUAACACAGGGAUUCUUUUCCUGCCAUGGGGCUAUGACCUUAGCCAGGUGACUAUUUCUUUUGUCUACAUAGUGACUGCAGUUGUGGGAGUUGAGGCCUGGUAUGAACCUUUCCUGUUUAAUUUCUUAUAUAGAGACCUAUUCACUGCAAUGAUUAUUGGUUGUGCCGUGUGUGUGACUCUGCCAAUGAGCUUCUUAAACUUUUAUAGAAGCUAUAAAAAUAGCACCUUGAAACACAAUUCAGUCUAUGAAGUUAUGGUUCCCUUCUUUUCUCCAUGUUUGCUCUUCAUUUUGUCUACAGCCUGGAUCCUCUGGUCACCUUCAGAUAUUUUAGAGAUACAUCCUAGAAUAUUCUACUUUAUGGUCGGAACAGGCUUUGCCAACAUCACAUGUCAGUUGAUUGUUUGUCAAAUGAGCAGCACGAGGUGCCCGGCUUUGAACUGGUUGCUGGUUCCUCUCUUCUCGGUUGUCGUGGCAGUGAACUCAGGAGUAGCCUCUUACCUCGAGAGCAUUCUCCUGUAUACGCUAACAGCUGCCUUCACCCUGGCCCACGUCCAUUAUGGAGUACGAGUGGUUAAGCAGCUGAGUAGCCAUUUUAAGAUUUACCCCUUCUCAUUGAGGAAACCAAACUCAGAUUGACUAGGAAUGGAAGAGACGAAUAUUGGCCUGUAAUCUUCAGAAAGAAGUACUGUAAAUAGAUGCUUGUAAAUAUUUCCUCCAUCACCAUUUAACUAAUCUGAUCUGCAUGACAGACAUGGGAUCUCAGUGUAUGUGGUACUUGGACAGCAGGAAUGAAACAUGGCCGGAACUUGUGGAAUUUUGGACCUUGUAACUCCCAGCUUAUUUAAUUUUAUUUUUUUUAUAAAACCAUGUGACGUUUCGGUUAAGCAUAAUAUACAUGCGACCAGCAAAGUGUUCCUGGUGAUUUUAGCUUCGUGAGUCCAUAAUGUUUUGGCUUUUAGAGUUAAACAUGCUGUAUUUUCAUUUUGAAAACCCCCAGAUUGGUGUAGAAACACUGAUAACAUUCAGAAAAAUUGUAAUUUGUUUUCAUAUUUGAUAUUUUAUAACAGGUCUUUAGCUAGGGUAAUUAUCAGUAGUCCAAAUCUAAUACAGGAAAAAGAAAAACAAGUCAGCUUUCAGGUGGAGAUGCCAAUGAUUACAGAUCAGUAUACAGUUGCCAAAUGGCAGUUUCUCUUUCCUAUGGAAAUGCCUUUGUCCUCGCCUGCUAGGAGAGAGUCUUUGGUAUUCGGGCUCUCUCUGUUGUGGAAUAGAUCUUGAAAAAAGGUUGUUUUCUUUUAAAGAGAAAUUUCUUCUUAGUGGAGAGUGGGUUGUAAUUGUGGCUCACUGUUUAGAAGAGGCAUUUCCUUCCCUCAACUGCAGGUUGCUGGGAUUUGGUGGCUGUGAGCUCUGAUUGUAAGAAUUUGUGUGACAGUUCUAGUCUUGUGAUAAUUUCUUGUGAGAAAUGCCCAUAAAGCACCUUAUAAGAGGAAAUUUAAAUUGGAGUUACUCUCAUGAAUUUCACUAUGACCAAAAUCUGUUUUCUGUUUGUCCAUCCAUCCUUCCCUCCUUUCUCUCACUCGCCUUUUGGGGGAGUGAGGAGCUGUAUGUUUUAUACAGGAUAAAGCAGAGGGAUGUUGCCUCUUCUACAGCUUGUCCGUUUUCCCGGUUGAUGAAACCUUAAUAUCUGCCUUACUGAGUACCCACUCCUUAAUAUGGCUUAUGGCAAUUUUGGAGGUUUACAGACAAUACAGUCCCUUUAACUUCAUUGUGGUUCUUUGAUAAAUCGCAUCUUUUUAUGAAUGUGGGUGUUUUCUUCGCUUUCCUUUUGAUUUUGUCUUCAUUUAGUUUGGUGGUGGUGAAAUUUACUUGCUGAUUUUCUUUUAUUUUUCCAGUGAAUGAAGUCUGUGCUUGAAUGAAGAGUGUAUCUUAAACCCUUUCUUUUUGGACAGGUUGCACUUGGAUAAAAUAGGCACCAUUGUGUUGAUAUGUUAUUAAAUUCUUAACCAUUAUUUAUCUAUGGAUGUGGUCAACGUUAAAUAUUAUAGUGUAUUCCUUUGUUGAAUUUCUGCUGCUUUGUAAAAAAUAACUGUCAUUGAUAAUUUUUUUCCCCAUAAUUCUAAUCAUUGUCAUCCAGGUUAUUAGAAAUGAACCAAGGAGCUCAAGGUUGCAUAAUCAUUUUAAGAAAUUAUCUGUAAAGACUUGAUUAUAUUUGGUGACUCUAUCAGAGACAAAAA